CUCGUCUCAAAAAAACACAUGCACCCGGUCUGUUUGUGUCCUCAAAUGUCCCUUGUCGGCCUCUAGGUGGCUCCCUCUCUCCUGGCUGCUGUGAUGAGACGGACUCGGGCACUGAUGGAGCUCAGAUCCGGUCGUGAUGGACCCGUUUGACGGCUCCGGGUCUCCGCCACACGCUGCGGGCAGCGCGGAUAGCCGUGCCCCGUGGUCCCGCUUCGCCUCGUGGCUGGAGUGCGUGUGUGUUGUCACCUUCGACCUGGAGCUCGGACAAGCCAUAGAGUUGGUGUUUCCUCCACAUGUGAAACUCACAGAGAAAGAGAAAACCAGCAUCUGCUUCCUGUCCUUUCCGGACUCGUACUCAGGAUGCCUCGGUGACACUCAGUUCAGCUUCAGGCUGCGUCAGUCGGUGGGUCGCAGGGCGUCGAUGCGACAGGACGACACCUACAACCGAGACGCUCCGGUUGCUCUGCAGAGGGAAACGUCCCAUUUCUGUGGUUAUGUGUACUUCAGACAAGUGAAGGAUGCAUCAGUGAAGAGAGGAUACUUCCAGAAGUCUCUGGUGCUGCUCUCCAGGUUACCGUACACUCACCUGUUCCAGUCGCUACUGCACAUCAUCGCACCCGAGUUCUUCGAGAAGCUGGAGCCCUGCCUGGAGACAGUUUGCAACGAGAUCGACCAAUGGCCCGCCCCCGUACCUGGACUGACCCUCAACCUGCCUCUGAUGGGCGUGGUGUUACAGGUGCGGAUUCCUUCAAAAACCGACAAACCAGGAGGAAGUCCGGUACGGCAGCUUGAUGACCAGAAUCUGCUGCCAGCGCCGACGCUGCUACCGACUGUCUACGAACUGGACCUGUUCAGGUGCUUCCAGUCAAUGCUCGUCCACCUGCAGAUGCUCUGGGAGCUCACGUUACUCGGGGAGCCACUGGUCGUCAUGGCGCCGUCACCCACCGUCUCCUCAGAAACUGUGCUGGCGCUUGUCAGCUGCAUCGGUCCGCUGAAGUUCUGCGGCGACUUUCGUCCUUAUUUCACAAUACAUGACAGCGAGUUCAGAGAGUACACGACCAAGACGCAGGCGCCACCCAAUGUGCUGCUCGGCGUCACUAACCCGUUCUUCAUUAAGACGUUUCAGUCGUGGCCUCACAUCAUCCGACUCGGCGAGAUCAGGAUGGCGGGCGAUCUACCCAAGCAGGUGAAAGUGAAGAAACUUUCCAAACUAAAAGUCCUGGACACAAAACCAGGCAUCUACACGUCGUACAAGACGUUUCUCCACAAAGACAAGAUCCUGAUCAAACGGCUGCUGAAGGGUUUUCAGAGGAAGCGGCCGUCCGAGGUGCAGAGCGCCAUCUUGAGGAGACACCUGUUGGAGCUCACGCAGAGCUUCAUCAUCCCUCUGGAGCGGUACAUGGCGAGCCUGAUGCCUCUGCAGAGGUCCGUGACGCCCUGGAAGACUCCUCCCCAGAUACGACCCUUCAGCCAGGACGAGUUCAUGUCCACGCUGGAGCACAGCGGGCCGCAGCUCACCUCGGGGCUCAAAGGUGACUGGACGGGACUGUACAGGAAGUUCUUCAGGUCUCCAAACUUUGACGGCUGGUUCAGACAGCGCCACAAGGAGAUGACGCAGAAACUGGAGAGCCUCCACCUGGAGGUCCUCUGUGACGCGGACCUGAUUGGCUGGACCCAAGACAAGUCUGAGGUGGAGAUUGUGGAUCUGGUUCUGAAGCUGCGAGAGAAGCUGAAUAAAGCGCUCAGGCAGCAGCUGCAGCUGAAAGACGGCGUUGUGGACAAACUGGAGGCAUUUCUAGGCGACAUCGUCGGGACGUUUCCUGAAGACCUGCAGUGCACACUGACCACGACACACUGAGUACUUUACGUCAACACAAACACUAACAAUGAUUUUGUUCAUCAACACUGAAGCGUGUCAUGUUUUAUUUUAUUUUGACAGGAAAUAACCUCUUAUUUAAGCAGCGCUCUGUGAAUGUAACAAUGUAACAAUUUUUAACUUCUAUGUUUAUCAUUUUUCAAGUAAAAGCUGACUCACCAUCACGUGAACCUUG